ACGAGCGCAUCGGAGCUUUGUGCAGAGAACGUUUGUAUUUUAUUUACUUGUCCGACCUUUUCUGUCAUUUUCUCGUCGUGUGUGACGCAGACUAGAUUAUGGGAUUAUUUAAAGGAAAAAAUACAAUGCAGAGAGGUUUCCUACUUCGAUGCCAGUGAGAAAAACUCUAGGAAUAUUUGGAGAUGAAGAAGAUGAAUCUGCCCUAAACACUGAAAUUCUUUCAUCCGCACAGAAGUGGCGCAUCUUGUAGAUAGUAAGAUAAAAUCCAGUUGCAGGUGAGAUGCCAUAAUCCGACUAUCAUGGACUCGUGGAUCUUCCCAUCGUCCCCUCCGAACCUGUCGGAGCACCUCAUGUAUGACAGCUUCAUGCAAAGCAAUGAGUCCGACCUCCACGGGAACUACACAGACCACAGCUUCAACAAAACCAGCACGGUGGUCAUCACCUGCUUGUACUUUCUGGUUUGCACUGUGGGGCUCUGCGGAAACUCCCUCGUCAUCUACGUCAUCCUGCGCUACGCCAAGAUGAAGACAGUCACCAACAUCUACAUCCUCAACCUGGCAGUGGCCGACGUGCUCUUCAUGCUGGGCCUGCCGUUCAUUGCUAUCCAGCUGGCGCUGGUCCACUGGCCGUUCGGCCCUGUGCUCUGCAGGGUGGUGAUGACCGUCGACUCUCUAAACCAGUUCACAUCUAUCUUCUGCCUGAUGGUCAUGAGCAUCGACCGCUACCUGGCUGUGGUGCAUCCCAUUAAAUCCACAAAGUGGCGCAAGCCGCGCAUGGCGAAGACUAUUAACUUAGCAGUGUGGGGGGUGUCACUGAUGGUUAAUCUGCCCAUCGUUAUCUACAGCGGAGUAAGCACAAAGCACAACGGCUGCUUCUGCACCAUCGUGUGGCCUGAGCCACAAGAGGCCUACUACACAGUGUUCAUGUUCUACACCUUCAUCCUGGGCUUCUUCCUGCCCCUUUUGGUCAUCUGCCUUUGCUACUUGUUCAUCAUCUUUAAGGUGAAGUCCUCAGGCAUCCGUGUGGGCUCCUCCAAGAGGAAGCGCUCAGAGAGAAGGGUGACUCGGAUGGUGUCCAUCGUGGUGGCAGUGUUCGUCUUCUGCUGGCUGCCUUUCUACGUCUUCAACGUCACCUCGGUGACAGGAACCAUCAGCACCACUCCCAUCCUGAGGAGCACCUUUGCUUUUGUGGUGGUUUUGGGAUACGCCAACAGCUGCGCCAACCCCAUCCUCUACGCCUUUCUGUCGGAGAACUUCAAGAAGAGUUUCCAGAAUGUUCUGUGUCUUAAGAAGGUGGGUGGGCUGGAUGAGGCUGAUCGCAGCGACAGCCGGCAGGAUAAGUCUCGCAUGAUAAAUGACCCCACAGAGACCCAAAGUACUCUGCUGAAUGGGGACCUGCAGACCAGCAUCUGAGAGGAAGGUGAUUGGACUUGCAUAAACACACUCACACAGACUCAUACGUAUGUGAAACCAGAAAUGGGGACUCAAGUUUGAGACUCUGACCCGUGGCGCACUUAAGUGGCACACACAGUGACUUCAGACUUGACUUGAGACUCAUCUUCAAAAGACUUCAGACUCGGCUAGGACUCGAGAUGCAGGAUUCGUGAACAAUCUUUAUUUUAAGGAAACAUCUGAUGAGCUGAAUGUCAUUCCCCUCCCUGCGUAACAUCCUAUGUAAUAUGUAACGUAUCUGCUGCGCGCGGCCACACAUGAGAGGACAACAACAAACGUGGCGACUGCACUGGCAGCUGCUGUGCCAUUCAUCAGAAGCUUUGGUUUAAAUCUUCAGACAACAAGGCCCAAACAAAAGAAUCACUGAAUACUAAAUAUUUGGUAUCAAGAUAAAUCAUUCUGGCUCAACCACAUCUCAUUUUAUCAGGCACUUGAACACACACCCUGAUAGCUUAGCAAACACGUUUAGCUCAGCAUUGGCUAUCUAACGGCUUCUUGCUUUAGCUAUGACCUACGGAGAUUAACUCUAUCUAUCCGUCGUUCACUAGAUGGUAUGAAAAGAUGAAUUAGCGUUUGUUUGUUUAUUUGCCAAACUUUUUGUGGGGAUUUAACAUUACAUAAUCAUUUACAUCCUGCUGGCUGCCACCCUUUUAAUUAUUUACGGUUGAUCAUGUAACGUUACAGUUGUAUUUAGUUAACUUUACACUGGGUUUGAGACUCUGGGGGAUGUGUCCAGCCUCUCAAACCUGGACACAUAGGCUGUCAUUUGUAGACUGCUCUGUAAGUGAAAAAUAGGUUAGUUAUUCAUUUUAGCAAUAUUUUCCUGAUAACCUGAGUACCUCAAUAUUUGGUCUGUACUGUACUGUAUGUUCAUGUUACAAGGGAAAAUACAGUUAUUAACUUGAAAGUAAAGCAUUCCUGUUUUUUGUUGUUGUCAUAUUGCUAUUGCCUUUUUACACUGAUUAUAUAACAAACAACUAAUCAAACUGAUACUGCAUGAUAAUAGAUACAUGAGUCAUAAUAACAUUUUACAUGGUUUGAAUUCCUUAUAGCCUAUUUAGCUAUGCAGUGUUCUGAGCAGCCUGGAUGGAAUGCAGCAGGUGAUACAACACUCAUUAUAACCACGAGAGACUUGAGACUUGACUUGGACUCGAGUUAAAAGACUUGAGACUUGACUUGGACUCGAGUUAAAAGACUUGAGACUUGACUUGGACUCAGAGACUUGUGAGCAUCUCUGUCUGAAACAAAUAACAGCUCUUAUCAACAUUUUUAAGAUCACAUCGAAUAGGAAGAAGACAUGAUUAAAUAAUAAACAUGUCACAGAGGAACAUGUCUGUUGUUAAGGAGGACAAAAAACCAUCAGAAGGUCCUACUGAACUGUUCCUCUAUCUGCCUUUGACACAUUGUCUUGGAAACAAAUCCAUUAUAACAUAAUCAGUCCAUACAACUGUAUGCUCUAUGCUUUGAAUGAAAAUGGAAUCAGUUUGUUUGCUCUCAGUGUAUUGAGGUAGAAGGAACACUAACGCCCAUUUGUAAAUGGUCCUCUGGAGACCCGGGGUUAUAUACAUAGUUUACAGCAGAGGGCCUGUGCCUGCAUUGUGUAAAAAUAACUACAUACCAGUGUGUUCCUAUGCUGUAAUACAAAAUACUGUUGUUAAAACAUGAUAAUUCCUCUAUUUUGUUCCUGUCUUGUCUGCAAGUUAUUUUUUCUUUUUGACUGUAAAUAACUGUACAGGAAAUGGGCAAAGAGACUAUAUGAAACGUCAGAGGAUUUUAUAUUCAGUGUCAUUUAGUUUUGAAACUCUAAAUCUAACUUGUGAAUAACGAAUGAAUGUCAGUGCCAUUGAUUCUUGUGUUUUGUAGUACAAUGGUCACAUGAUUUAAUGUGUGACCAAUUUUACUUGUGAAGAAAUGUAUCAAAUGUAAAUGUGAAUAACAGUGUUCAGUUGGCAGGCAAAUAUUUCGUCCUGUGUCGCUCGCUGUGUCAAUAUAGCUACAUGCAUAAUUGAUAUUACAUUAAUGGUACUGGCUCGAUAUACCAAGCCAGCCUCUAACCAAAGUGCUGCUAAGAUGUAUAGAAACUCUAUUACGAUGUUGUAUAGUAUUAUAUCAAGUAAUGUCAUUGUAUGCCUGUUGCUACUGGCCUUCUGUUGGAAACUGUUCUUUAUCAUGGCUUAUUUACCAUUAUUUAUGUGUAUCAUGUAAUAAUGCUGCUGCCAUUGUUUGCAGCUAUUACAGUAAUGGCAUUUAUCAAAAAUGUCAGACUGCAUGAUUCUAAAUUAUUCAGUAUGAAUGCCUAGUCGUGGCUCAGCUUUGACUUUUUGUCAUCUGAGAGCAUAAAAUCUGUUUAGAUUGUAUUUUGUAAAGGAAUAUUUUAAUACCAAGAAACAGAUGGGUAACUAUCUUGGAAGUAGUAAACUGGGAUUUAAGAUGGAUUUAAACAUAUUUCAUUUAAAACACGUACCGUUUAUUGUUGUUUCACUGUUUUGUAUUACAGAAAACGUUGUUUGAUGAUGUGCUAUUGGUAAUUCCUCUGUUUCUCUAUAUUACUUUGCAGAUAUGAGGGGCUUAGUUUAUCCCGUGCUGCCCCCCAUUGCAAACUAUUUGUAAAUACUUUGUAUAAUGAAACUGGACCAUCUUCGAUUUCUGUCUCCAUGUGUCUCAGUGACGUGAAUUUGUGAAGGGCUAGAACACUUAUCCUCAAGAGGCUUUGGUGUUCCUUUAUAAUAAUCAUCAUUGUGCUCCACAGUUCAUCCUGCCAUCCUGUGACUCGCUGUUUGUUGCUGUAAUCAGAUAACUAUCUAUAUAAAUUGUUAAACCUUUACCCUACCCAGCGACAGAUUAUGAUUAAUGUGCAAAGAAUGUGUGUUGCAUUGAUCUCAACAUACAAGCCAGCCAUUCUAUAGCAAAAAUGUGUAUUAUAUAGUAUUAUACUGUAUAUACAAAUAACACAUACAAACCACUGAGCAUUCUUCAGUUUUCCAUGACACACACACACACACACACACACACACACACAAUUUGUGAACCACCAGCCAUGACUAAUAAAAUUCCAUAUCCAAUCUCCCUCUCUGCAGUAUUGCGAAACUUGUUACCUGGUCUGUAACAUCUUAUUACCAUUGAAAGACAUGACACACCUCUAGUGUCUUAUAUUUCCAUAGCAACAGUGACUAAGAGUGUUGGUCCCAUGGUUACACAAAUUAGCAUAAUAAUAGAGAGAUGAAUCCGGACAUGAAUUAUCAAUGUAGACAUUGCUAAGAUGACUGAAGAAAAAAAUAGAAGGCUGCAUUAAGGCUGCAAAACCAAACACCUCAGUUACAUUAAACCUGAUGAAAGUGUAUAGUUUGUGUGCACCACAAAAUGUAAAACCAAACAUCUUGUGUUGUCAAAAUCAUCCAGCUGUUGUAGUUAUAAUUAUGAUUCCGGCAAAGAUUUUUUUUUUUUUUUAAAUACCUGCAUUUCUUAAGUCUAUAUUGCAGAUUUUCCACUUAGUAUUUGCUCCAUCGGUGUUUAUUAUUUAGAUUUUUAUGAGGAGCCUUAUUUGAAUUGCUCAAAUGCUGUAUCUCAUAAGCUUUGGGAAAUCUUACAAUUGCUCAAAAGUUUAGCAGUUUCUGUAGAAAGUUGGCAUUAUGGAUGUUUUUCCUGUUUCUGCUUUGUUCAAUUAUAAUGAAACAGCAAGUUUAAUGGAGCAAACAUGGAUUGUGUAAAGCUAUGUCGAAACUCAAUAAAGUAAUAAGUGACA